AACUCUCAAUCUUUAAUGGCUACCAGUGCUGUCCACUGGACUCUGAAUUCCUCGGAUACAAAGCGACCCAUCUUCUUCUCUUCACCUUUUCGACAAAUCCCAACCAAAAAAUUCAACAUUUCUUGCCGCUCCGCCAAUUCUCCUCCCAAAUCCCCGCCGGAUUUAGCCGAACCCACCACCAACAAGAAGAAGAACCAAAACCCAUCUUUAUCUUUGUCCGAGCAGCUCCAGCCUCUGACCACAACCACUCUCUCCGACCCUCCUCCGCCCCAAGACCAAUCCCAGUUGAUAUCCAAGCCCAAAUCCAUCUGGGUCAACCCGGCCAAGCCGAAACGCUCCGUGCUCUCUCUGCAGCGGCAGAAGCGGUCUCUCUACUCUUACAAUCCUCAGGUGAGAGAUCUGAGGGGGUUUGCCCACAAGCUCAACGACUGUGAUGCCACCAAAGUUGCCUUCUUGGCUGCCCUUGAAGAAAUCCCCCACCCGCCCACACGAGAAAAUGCGCUUUUGAUUCUGAAUAGCUUGAAGCCAUGGCAGAAAACCCACAUGUUCUUCAAUUGGGUGAAGUCCCAGAAUUUGUUUCCAAUGGAAACCAUAUUCUACAAUGUCACUAUGAAGUCUCUGAGGUUCGGGAGGCAGUUUCAGCUCAUCGAAGAGCUCGCGGAGGAGAUGAUAAGGGACGAGAUUGAGCUCGAUAACAUUACGUAUUCUACUAUAAUCACUUGUGCCAAGAGGUCCAAGCUUUUCGACAAGGCGGUCGAGUGGUUUGAGAGGAUGUAUAAGACCGGUUUGAUGCCGGAUGAGGUGACUUACUCUGCCAUUUUAGAUGUUUAUGCUAAAUUGGGCAAGGUUGAGGAGGUUCUUAGUUUGUAUGAGAGGGGAAGAGCUAGUGGGUGGAAACCGGACCCGAUUGCAUUUUCGGUUUUGGGUAAGAUGUUUGGGGAGGCUGGAGAUUAUGAUGGUAUUAGGUAUGUAUUGCAAGAAAUGGCUGCUCUUGGUGUAGAGCCUAAUUUGGUUGUGUACAAUACUUUGUUAGAGGCAAUGGGGAAGGCCGGAAAGCCUGGUUUGGCAAGGAGCUUAUUCAAAGAAAUGGUGGAAUCAGGGCUAACCCCGAAUGAGAAAACAUUGACGGCGCUUGUUAAGAUCUAUGGCAAGGCAAGGUGGGCUCGAGAUGCUUUGGAAUUGUGGGAGCGAAUGAGGUCGAAUAAGUGGCCUAUGGACUUCAUUUUGUAUAACACAUUGUUGAAUAUGUGUGCGGACCUUGGUUUGGAGGAGGAAGCUAAGACGCUUUUUGAGGAUAUGAAGCAGUCGGAGCAUUGUAGGCCAGACAGUUGGAGUUACACUGCAAUGCUGAACAUCUAUGGGAGCGGAGGGAAUGUUGAUGAGGCAAUGAAAUUGUUUGAAGAAAUGUCCGAGUUGGGUAUCGAGCUCAAUGUCAUGGGGUGCACUUGUUUGAUUCAGGGCUUGGGGAAAGCUAGAAGAUUCGGUGAUAUGGUCCGAGUUUUUGAUGUUGCAGUUGAAAAAGGGGUUAAACCAGAUGAUAGGCUUUGUGGGUGCUUACUCUCUGUUGUAUCGUUGUGUGAAGAAACUGAGGAUGAGGAUAGGGUGCUUUCUUGUUUGCAGCAGGCAAAUCCGAAGUUGGUGACUCUUGUCGAAGUGCUGCAAGAUAAGAAAAUCGGGUUUGAGACUAUUAAAGAUGAGUUCAGGAACGCUAUUGGUAGUACCGCGGUUGAAUCCCGGAGACCCUUCUGUAACUGCUUGAUUGAUAUAUGCCGAAACAAAAACAACCAUGAGAGAGCUCAUGAGCUGCUCUAUUUGGGAACCCUAUACGGGUUGUAUCCGGGUCUGCACACCAAGACUGCAAGGGAGUGGUGUUUGGACGUUAGGUCACUAUCCAUAGGUGCAGCUCACACUGCACUUGAAGAGUGGAUGGGAACGCUCUACAAAAUAGUACAGCGGGAAGAGGCGUUGCCGGAGAUGUUCUCCGCUCAAACUGGUAGCGGAAGUCACAAAUUCUCGCAAGGGCUGUCGCAUUCCUUUGGUUCUCAUGUGAAGAAAUUGGCUGCGCCGUUUAGACAGAGUGAAGAGAAAGCUGGUAGUUUUGUGGCAACCAGGGAGGAUCUAGUGUCGUGGGCGCAGUCACAGGCUCCGUCGUCGGCCGUCACGACAGCUUAAGUGCUUUAUAUGUUUAUACUAUGUAAUGUCAAAUGGGAAAUGGAUUAUCUCAUUUGGAUCGUUGUAUGUUUCACUUUCAGAAUAACUUUUUGUACCAGAGUAGUUAUACAGUUUUCAGGCAACCUAAACGUUUAGGGAGUUGUUUGGUA